AUGGUAGCUGAUCAACCACUCUUCACACUGGCCAAGAAACUUCAGUGGAAGUUUCCUCAGACUGAGCUUGGCGAGGAUUCCUUCCUGGUAACACUGGGGCCAAUGCAUACCGAAAAGAUGCUGUGGAGCGUGUCUGGUGACUGGCUGGAUGGCAGCGGGUGGACCACAGCUCUUAUCAAUAGUGGCAUCUCGACUAGUGGCAAAGCUCAGGCCUUCAUUAGUGUUCACCACAUAUGCAGAACCCGAUACAUGCAUCAGGUGUCUGUAGCUGCUCUCUAUGUGCUCAUGAAGAAGGCUUAUGAUAAGUACAUGAAGAAGGCAACAAAUGACAAUGAUGAGCCGAGCGAUCUCAUCACUCAGCCUUUUGAUGAAUGGCUCAAGAUGCUUUGUGCCUCACAGCCCCAAGCAGAUUUCUGGUUCAAGUCCAUGGAGCUGGAUCUUCUCAUUCUUCAGUUUGUCAAGUCCUGUUGCUCAGCAGACUUCUCCCUCUACAUGGAGACACUUGACUCUCUGAUGCCAUGGGUAUUUGCACUGGAUCAUACGAACUAUGCCCGGAACCUACCCAUCCAUCUCCGUGAUAUGGCUACAUUAGAAGAACGACAUCCUGCUCUGUUUGUGGAGUUCCAGAGUGGUCACUUCAUGGGGUAGAAGUCGAGACGAGCGUUCUCCAAGAUCCCCCAUGACCAGAUGCAUGAGCAACUAAUUGAUUGGCUCAAGAAUCAUGGUGGUGUCAUAGAGAACCUGGACGACCCAGACACAGUUCGCCGAGAGCAGGUUGUUCGCCCUGAGCUGGCACGCCUAGUCCGAGAAUUCGAGGGAUCAAAGGAAUCAGAUGAACGGAGGCACCAUGAACAAUACCCAAAAUUUCAAGAUGACUAUAAGACUGAUGUACUGGCACUGGUGGAUGCCUUUGAGGAUCUGGGAAAUCCCUUCAUGGAGGAUAGUGGGGAUCUGCUGGAC